GCCCCCCCGUGGCCGAUGGCGCUGGCGGGGCCGGAGGGGGAGCGCUCGGCGCGGCCGCUGUUCUGCCGCCGGGGGGCGCUGCGGCACAAGGUGGUUCACGAGGUCAAGAGCCACCGCUUCACCGCGAGGUUCUUCAAGCAGCCCACGUUCUGCAGCCACUGCACCGACUUCAUCUGGGGCAUCGGGAAGCAGGGCCUGCAGUGCAUGGUGUGCAGCUUCGUGGUGCACAAGCGCUGCCAUGAGUUCGUCACCUUCGAGUGCCCCGGGGCCGGGAAGGGGCCACAGACGGACGACCCCCGGAACAAGCACCGCUUCCGGCUGCACAGCUACAGCAGCCCCACCUUCUGCGACCACUGCGGCUCCCUGCUCUAUGGGCUGGUGCACCAGGGCAUGAAGUGCUCCUGCUGCGAGAUGAACGUGCACAAGCGCUGCGUGCAGAGCGUGCCCAGCCUCUGCGGCGUCGACCACACCGAGCGCCGCGGCCGCCUGCAGCUCCGCAUCCAGGCGCUGCCGGGGGAGCAGCUGCACGUCACCGUGGGGGAGGCGCGGAACCUGAUCCCGAUGGAUCCCAACGGGCUCUCGGAUCCCUACGUGAAGCUGAAGCUGAUCCCGGACCCCAAGAACCUCUCCAAGCAGAAGACGCGGACGGUGAAGGCCACGCUCAACCCCGUGUGGAACGAGGCCUUCCUCUUCACGCUGCGCCCCGGGGACUCCGAGCGCCGCCUCUCGGUGGAGGUGUGGGACUGGGACCGCACCUCCCGCAACGACUUCAUGGGCGCCAUGAGCUUUGGGGUGGCUGAGCUGCUCAAGGGCCACGUGGACGGGUGGUUCAAGCUGCUGAACCAGGAGGAGGGCGAAUACUACAACGUCCCCGUGGCCGACACCGACGACUGUGGCCUCCGGCCCAAGUUCGAGGCUUGUAACUACCCAUUGGAGCUCUACGAGAAAGUGCGCAGGGGGCCGGGCCCUUCUCCGGCGCCGUCGCCCUCCCCCAGCCCCACAGAUCCCAAACGUGGCUUCUUCAGCUCCGGGCGCUCCCGGCUCGGGGACUUCACCUUCCUGAUGGUGCUGGGCAAGGGCAGCUUCGGCAAGGUGAUGCUGGCCGAGCGGCGCGGCACGGCCGAGCUCUUCGCCAUCAAGAUCCUCAAGAAGGACGUGGUGGUCCAGGACGACGACGCCGCCUGCACCAUGGUGGAGCGGCGCGUGCUGGCCCUGGGGCCCCGGCCCCACUUCCUGACCCACCUGCACUCCACCUUCCAGACCGCGGACCGCCUCUAUUUCGUCAUGGAAUACGUCACCGGCGGGGACCUCAUGUACCACAUCCAGCAGGUCGGCAAGUUCAAAGAGCCGCACGCCACGUUCUACGCAGCCGAGAUCGCCAUCGGCCUCUUCUUCCUCCACAACCAAGGCAUCAUCUACAGGGAUCUGAAGCUGGAUAACGUGAUGCUGGACGCCCAGGGUCACGUGAAGAUCACGGACUUCGGGAUGUGCAAGGAGAACAUGUUCCCGGGAGCCACCACCAGGACCUUCUGCGGCACCCCCGACUACAUCGCCCCCGAGAUCAUCGCCUACCAGCCCUAUGGCAAGUCCGUGGACUGGUGGUCCUUCGGGGUGCUGCUCUACGAGAUGCUGGCCGGGCAGCCCCCCUUUGAUGGGGAGGACGAGGACGAGCUCUUCCAGUCCAUCAUGGAGCAGACGGUGACGUACCCCAAGGCCCUGUCUCGCGAGGCCGUGGCCAUCUGCAAGGGGUUCCUGACCAAGCACCCUGGGAAGCGUCUGGGAGCGGGGCCGGGGGGGGAGCAGGACGUCCGCUCCCACCCCUUCUUCCGGCGCACGGACUGGGAGCGCCUCGAGCGGCUGGAGCUGCCCCCCCCCUUCACCCCACAGCCGUGUGGGCGCAAUGGGGAGAACUUUGACAAGUUCUUCACGCGGGCCCCCCCCGCGCUCACCCCCCCGGACCAGCUGGUCCUGGCCGGGCUGGACCAAGGCGACUUCGCGGGGUUCACCUACACCAACCCCGACUUCGUGCACCCCGACCUGCGCCUCCCGGCCCCCCCCGGCUCCCUCGUCUGAGAUCCGCACCCCCUCCCCCCCCCCGGACCCCUUU